ACGUGGAGAUGGAAUCUCGAAAGGUGAGAUCGCUCUAUGAAUCCGGCGAAGGCCUCAGGUGGGAAGACGGAGCCCGACCGUCGGAUGUUGGCGAGCGUCUCAACUCGACCGCCGAAACUCCGACGGAGGAGGUCGAGAAUGAUCCGUAUGGUUUCCUUUUGCCCGGAUUGGUGCCCAACCAGUAUGCUAAUGUGUGUUCUCUCUGCAGCGUCGCCGAGCUCCAGCCUCCCGUUUGGGGAACUCCAAGAUCUGGAAGUUCUUAUUCCCAACGACCCGAAACGCGCAGCGAGUAUGAGGUGGCCGGUGGUCUCGAAGACUGGGAAGACCUCGAGGGAUACGACAUCGACCGUUACGGCUUCAUCAGUCCGCGCAAGCCAGAGAAGAGCAACGGCACACCCGCUGAACCUAGAUCGUCGCAGUCGGCGCCCAGAAGGAAGCACGUCUUUUCCAAGCGGGAUGCCUUUGGUUUGGGCUUGCCAUCCAGAGGACCCAGUAGGAAGGUGUCCGCUAGAUCGCUCAACACUCAAGGAUCGAAGGCUUCGGUUGCGUCUCGUCGGUCGACCCGAUCCGCAAUCAGACAAGCAGGAAAUCUACUCCCACACAACCGCGAUCGACGAUGGAUGGACGAGGCUGGAGAAAUGCUUUCGCUUUCAUUGGGCGAUGAAGAGAAGGUAGAGAAAAUUUCCGAGGCCAUCAAGAAGAAGGAAUGGGAGAGGUCUGAAAAGUGGCGUAAAAUGGCCAAGAUCGUUAAGAAGGGGAAAGACGGCGAAGGCAUGGAGUUCGAUUUCGAUGUUAAGAACCAAAAACUCAUCGACAGGACGUGGAAAGGCAUCCCCGACCGAUGGAGAGCAUCUGCCUGGUAUUCGUUCAUGGCAACUAGCGCCAGAGCUCACAAGGACUCCCCGUCUGAGGAUUCCAUCAUCACCGACUUCCAUCGCCUUCAGUGCAGAGGCUCGCCAGAUGAUGUGCAAAUCGACCUGGACGUCCCUCGUACCAUCAGCAGGCACGUCAUGUUCCGGAAGCGUUAUCGAGGUGGUCAACGCUUGCUGUUUCGAGUCUUGCACGCGUUAUCGCUUUACUUCCCGAAUACUGGCUACGUUCAAGGCAUGGCUUCGUUGGCAGCGACGUUGCUCUGCUACUUUGACGAAGAGAAGUGCUUCGUCAUGCUCGUACGGAUGUGGCAACUACGGGGCCUAGAGAAGCUGUACAGUCCUGGCUUUGACGGCCUGAUGGCGGCUUUGAAUGACUUUCAAACCAAGUGGCUGGAUGGCAAGGACGUCGCCAAGAAGCUGACUGAGCUCUGCAUCGAUCCUACAGCCUACGGUACUCGAUGGUACCUAACACUAUUCAACUUAUCCAUCCCUUUCGCGGCUCAGCUCCGCGUUUGGGAUGUCUUCCUGCUUCUUGGAGAAAACCCCACAGACUCCCCCAAAGUUCCUGAAUCUCCCGUCACCAUGAACGGCAUUGACAUUCUGCACUCUACCAGCGCGGCUUUGAUUCACGCGCUGCGGGACGUUCUUCUUGACUCGGACUUUGAGAACGCCAUGAAGGCUUUGACCUCCUGGAUUCCGGUCAAAGAUGAGGAUAUCCUCAUGAAGGUGACACGAGCCGAGUGGAAGGCCCGACAAAAGAGGAAGUAGAAGGUCUUAUUUUUGCCGCCUGCUUGAGCUUCGGUCGGCCGGCUCAUUCCCACAUUUCCUUUGUUAUUACACCACAACCUCCGAUUUAUGGAUAUGCGUGCAAGGCGUUUAUGGAGUCGGUCAUGUUGACUUCGACGCAUGUCGUCGACCAAUACCCUGGGAUGAACUGCAAACCUCGUAUCUGCUGUUAUGGGGGAUUUCAUUUGUGCACUCGAAACGAACGAAACGCUGGAGAAAGCCACGUGGGUUGCGGGAAGCAGAACCAGAAAAGCGAUGCGAGAGGAAUGGAGCCGCAGCACGAAUUUUUCAUAUACCCUUUAUGCCAUACAAUAGCCUGGUGCCACCUUCAUAUACAGCAUCAAAUCAAUAUAUAAUGUGUUAUUCGAG